AUGUUUCCCUAUCCAUCUGGACGACUACAUAUGGGACAUUUCAGGAUUUACUCGAUCGCAGACACAAUUGCUCGUUUUCGACGUGCUUUGGGACACAAUGUGCUGCAUCCCAUGGGCUGGGACGCGUUUGGAUUACCUGCUGAAAACGCAGCUUUCGAUCGAAAGAUACAUCCUGCUGCUUGGACACGAGAGAAUAUAGAGCAUAUGAAGAUACAGUUGAAGGAUAUGGGCACUAGUUUUGAUUGGAGUCGCGAGAUUUCGACCAUAGAUCCAUCAUAUUAUCGAUGGACGCAGAGUAUAUUUCUUAAAAUGUUUAAAGCUGGAUUAGCUUAUCGUGCUGACGCAUGGGUGAAUUGGGAUCCUGUUGAUAAAACUGUGUUGGCUAAUGAACAGGUGGAUGAUAGAGGACGUGCAGAUCGCUCAGGUGCUCUUGUAGAGCGUAGGAAACUUCGGCAAUGGUUUUUUCGAACUACCCACUAUGCUGAAGAGCUAUUGGCAGAUCUCGAUGCACUUGACUGGCCAAACCACGUCAAGCAGCGACAAAGAGCUUGGAUUGGCAAGAGUCAAGGAUGGGAGGUUGACUUUCGAGUUUGGGUGUCUUCUGCUCCAGCUCCGGCCCCUUCACCAAACUUGACGGUCUUUUGCCCAGACAUCAGUAGACUGAUGGACGUUGAUUAUCUUGCUAUAUCACCAGAUCAUUUGUUCCUUUCCGAUUGGUACCUACCAAAAGCUAAUGCGCCCCAAGUGUUGGAAUAUACCAAAACGAUAAAGGUAAAAAUACCGCAUAGCCCAUCAGCCUCUCACGGUUGCUUUACUGGACUCUUUGGAGUGCACCCAAUAACGGGCAAACCAAUUCCUAUAUUUGUAUCCGAGGCACUCAUGGCAAACCAUGCAGCGGAGUCAGUUAUUGGAACACCAACACAUGAAGCAGCUGAUGCUAAGUUCGCUAGAGUGCAUCGUAUCAUGCCGCUUGACGAUCAGCUAGAUACGAAGAGUGUUGAACAUCAAUUGAGUGCAAGUGGGCUAGGUAGAGUCGCAGUUCGUUAUCAAUUGCGAGACUGGUUGGUAUCUCGUCAGCGUUACUGGGGCACACCAAUGCCGCUUGUACAUUGUGAUUCGUGUGGUGUCGUUCCUCUAAACGAAUCGAAUCUUCCACUGGUGCUGCCUGCUGAUUUGCAUGAUGUUGAACGAGGUGUCUCUCCAUUGGCGCAUGAGUGGUCGAAUUGCAAGUGUCCAAAGUGCAAGAAACCUGCACGACGAGAAACAGACACAAUGGAUACAUUUGUCGACUCAUCGUGGUAUUGGCUUCGAUAUUGUGAUCCCAACAAUUCUGAGACAGCAUGUGAUACAUCUCUCGCAUCCCAAAACCUGCCAGUUGAUUUAUAUAUGGGUGGAGUUGAGCAUUCUACAAUGCAUCUGCUUUAUGCCAGAUUCAUGGCCAAGUUUCUCCGUGAUCAAGGCAUGUUGGGCGAUUCUAUGGCUAAGGUUGACUCGAAUUUUUCAACCCAAAGGGAGACGUUUCAUACACUAGAUGCUGCCAAUGUACGAGUAAAAUCGACUGGAGCAGAACCCGUGAUUACGUUUGAAAAAAUGUCCAAGUCUAAACACAAUGGUGUUGAUCCUGAGGAUAUAAUUAAAGAAUACGGAUCUGACGCAGCACGUCUACAUAUCCUUUAUCGUGCUGCACCAUUUGACGAACUAUUAUGGGAGGAAAAUGGUGUUUUAGGCAUGUCCAGAUGGCUUGUUCGUGUAUGGUCGCUUGUAAAUGAACAAAUUGAAAGUGAAAAGCAGGGUGAUCAGACGGUAGAAGGUCGAGCUUUACAACUAUUGACAAACCAAGUCAUCAAAGAGGUCACCACAUGUUUAAAGGAAACAUAUCACUUCCAUACUGCUAUAUCAAACUUAAUCAAAUUUACCCACGAACUGCAAGGCAUGAAAUCAUCAUCUGCAUUUGACGCUGCUAUACGCACACUAGUCGGGCUGAUGACUCCUUUUGCACCAUGUAUUGGAUCUGAAAUGAAACAGAUAUUGGGCAUAUCUGAAAUUAAUUGGCCUGAAGUGAUGCAAGUUGCCGAAUCGGAAGCAGUUGAGCUUAUUGAUGUUGUCAUAAUGGUCAAUGGCAAGACUCGAGGCAUAAUGAAUAUCUCCACUGGACUGCUUCAAAACUCUGGUGCUGUGGAAGCUGCUGCAAGGGAUAGUGAGAUAUUCAAGAAAUGGGUUCAACCUACUCAGCAGGUCAAAAGGGUGGUGGUUGCUAGCGGUGGUAAAGUCAUCAACUUUGUUGUGUAA